ACCAGUUGGAUAGCUCAGACCUGAUCAUUGUAUUAGGUGAUGAAUAUAUUACUAUCAUUUAAUUACUCAUGAAAAAGCCUUGCUGACCGCCCUCAUAUGUCUUUUCCUUGUCAUGGGGCAAGUAGAAAGGUGAAACGCUUUGUGAAGUAGUGAUGAAGUGCCUAAAAGUUUAGGUGUGAAACUGUGAAUGCACGAUGCUCUUUGGUGGUCUUGGCCAAUAAACCUGGAGAUCCCAAUUUGCUUGACUAUGUCACGCUCAAAAGGGUAACUAGAAUUGACCAAUACAAAUACGUGUGGCAGUUGAAAAGGAGAUGAAAAGCGAACCAAGUCUACUGUUUCUCUCAAAAACAGAAAGCAACAGUCUAGCUUUUUCUUGUGUCGAAUGAAAAAGAUGGGCUCCAGGGGCAAUAGUUCAAUGCCAGAACAGUAUUACUAACUCAUAUAUCUUGUACUAUAUUGUCAGUUCUCUCUUCUUCAGAUAUUGUGGACGCCUUUAAGGUAAAACAAGAACAGUGGUUGAUGAUUCAGAGCAUUUUAGAGAAUUCAUUUAAUAGCCUCUUAACUCUUGCAUAUUAAGUAUUGGACUACCGUUUUGGGGGAGGGGAUUGUACAUGGCCUAUAUUUUGUAAAUGAAAAUAAGAUUUCAGGUCAUUUCUUUUAGUUUUAUUUGCAUUAACAUACCAAUAUUUCAGAACAUAAAAUCCUUAAAUCUAAAAGAUUGUAACAUUAAACCCUACACAUAAUGAUCAAACUUCCUACUAAUCACUCAAGUUCCACAGUUGGUUUGCAAGCAUUGAUUUAAUCCUGAACUAAAUUACAUCCGAUCCAAGUCACUCUAUCGCUUAUGCAUGAUUGACCUUUUGUGCUUGUCUCUUCACUAUCUCUUAUGCAUGAUCAGACCAGAUUCAGAUGAAACCACCAACUUUUGGCUAAAAGGAGCUGUGGCUUUGCCGCAUCGGAUACACCGUCAUUAUCUGGAUAAUUUUGUCAGACAUGACAGCUACAAACAGAGCAGAUGAGAAAGCGUUGCUGGUUUAUAACAAAUAAGGAACGUAACAAAGCAAAUCAAGAAGAGAGUAAGGUUGGACAAAAACAAACAGAUGCAUGUACCCUGCACGAGACGCUAACUAAACACUAGACUAAAGGUCACUUUCAGUUGAAAAUCCUGAAAAGGAUGUGGCUAUUAGUCGUGGCUAACUGAUAUUUAAAGUUAAUAUGCGUGAAACUAUAUGCCUGUGUACUAAAAAGUUUAGUUUUAACUGAUGUGACUGUAGUUCUAUGGGACUCUCGUGAAGAAAAGAGAAACACUGUUUUGAAAAUUGUGGACAUGAUUCAAUUUCACCAUUUUCAAUUACUGAAUUUGUCUGGAUUUCACGGUAUAUAUAACGCCUUGUGCUUCAGAGAAUGAAGUUGCAGUUUAAGAGUAAUUUAGUUAGAGAAGGUAAGAGAGAUUCUAGGACCACUUUAAUUUGAAGAGAAUGCAUAGUGUGGAAAUGUAAACCAUGUCUUGUACAACAGGAGAGCACCAUGUGUAAAAUUUGUUUCUAGAAAAUAGAUGCUAGGCUGCUUGCAUUGUUCACAUGAAAAAUACACAACCAUAUGAGCAGAGCAGUGGCUUCCCUCAAGGAACUGGUGUCUGUUUUUCAUUUUCUCUGCACACCUGUUGUCCUUCAAAGCUUUUGUCCAGUCUGUCUAUAGGCCCAUCCCUACUUUCUGUCUAACCCGGACUACUUGGUCAAGCUCAAGAAGUCCUGUCAGACCCUAAUGUAUGUUGAUUGUUGAACUUCCAGGCUUCCGGGUUAUGACGAUUAUUGAACAACAAAAUUCUGCAAUUCCAGGCUUUAUCUGGCCCAAAAUUUACACAUCAGGUUUCAAGUCUGGUCGGGUCUAAGAAUUUGCAGCCUCUUCCUCAGCAGCUUCCAUUUGUAAAGCUCCCAAGAGCCCAAGGCACUACCCGUCAAGAUUCAGGAGCAACGCGUUCACUGUUUGCGCAAGCAACUGAAGCCAUUUCAUCCUCCAUUGUUUUUUCCUCCAAGCUUUGCUCCACACCCUUAUUUAUACUCUGUUCACCCACCUCAUACCUGGCAGCAGAAGUGUUUCACCUUCACCGUGCCUCCAGCAAGCUAGAGGUAAACCAUGGCGCUCAAGCGCAAGGCGGCUCCCGGCUUGGCCGACGACCUGAUGAUCUCCUGCGGCGGCGGCCAAAGCCACGCCGCGUCGAACAGUUUUGCGCCGGCAGCGAGGUCGAGGGAGUCGUGGGCGGAGGCGGUGGGCGCGGUGGCGGCGGCGCAGCGGGGGCGGAAGCGGUUCGUCGGCGUGCGGCAGCGGCCGUCGGGGCGGUGGGUGGCCGAGAUCAAGGACACCAUCCAGAAGAUCCGGGUGUGGCUCGGCACCUUCGACACGGCCGAGGAGGCCGCGCGCGCCUACGACGAGGCCGCCUGCCUCCUCCGCGGCUCCAACACCCGCACCAACUUCUGGCCCCGGGCUGCCGGCGACGCCGCCUUCACGCUGCAACAACCGCCGCCGUCCGCGCUGCCCUCCAAGGUCACCAACCUUCUCCUCCUCCGCCUCAAGAAAGCACGCAGCAUCAGUGCCGGCGCCGUUACACACGCACAACAAGAGGCGCCGGUGCAACACCGGCAAGCUCAACAAGGGUACGGCGGCCAAGACGAGUACAGCUUCCAAGUCGACGACUUUCUCAGCUACGACGGCGGCGCCUGCGACGAGCUUCAGGUAGUGAAGCACGAGGUGGUGUCCAACUGCUCUCAGGAAGCGGAGGACGAAGGCGACGGGGAGGUGGGCGUGGAGGAGGACGAUGAGGCGCCCUUGGACUUCGGAUUCAUGGACAAGCAGCCGUCGCCGGCCAGGGAGGUCGACGACGCGGGGCUCUACUCGCCGUUCGAGAUGGUGGUGGCGGACGAGCUCGGUGGCACGGCGGAGGUGGAGCCAACGGGGCCGAUCAACGAGGUGAUGAAGAGGAUGAAGUACGAGAGGAAGAUUUCCGCGUCGCUCUACGCGCUCAGCGGGGUGUCGGAGUGCCUCCGCUUGCAUCUCGGCGACGGCGGCGGCCACGCUGGUGCCGGGAGGCACGAGCUGCUGGCGCUCUCCGGCCUGAGGGGCGCGUGCAGGAAGCAGCAGGAGGAGCAAGAAGUGGUAGACGACGAGGGAGGCAACGGCGCCGCCGUUGGCCAUGAGGAGAGCUCGAGCUGCAGCAACAGCACCUCGUCGGAAGCGGCGAGCUCGUCGCCGGAAGCAGCAAGCUCUCCGCAGGACGCGAAAGCUGCCGAGAGCGACAUGCUUCUGUGGAGCUCCCUCGAUCUCCCUCCUAUUUGCUAAAUUUGGUUGUUAUAGAUAGGAACGAUAAGUUUUCUUUAUUACCAUAGUUAGUUGCACUAGAAUCUAUUGGGUAUACAUCAGGAGCCCUAUUCCUCGGGUCAUAGUUUGGCUUAUUACUUCGAUAUAAUCUACUGGGAAGUGACAUGUUUUUGCUUACAGAAGAAUUGAUAAGAACCUAAUUUAAUGAAAGCAUAUGGCUUAAUUAAUUACCA